AUGGCUUCUCAAAGGCCAGAUGUUUACGCGACGCUGCUGUUGAAUGACUUCUAUCUUCCAGGUGCAUUGGUAUUGGCGCAUUCUUUGCGUGAUGCGGGUACUUCCAAGAAGCUGGCAGUACUUGUCACCACGGACAGUGUUUCGUCGGACGCCAUCGCUGAGCUCAGAAAACUCUUCGACUUCAUUAUUCCUGUCGAGCGAGUCGUGAACAACAAUGCUGCUAACCUUGAUCUGAUGGGUCGCCCCGAUUUACAUUCCACGUUCACCAAGAUCACGCUAUGGAAGCAGAUACAAUUUCGGAGGAUUGUUUAUAUGGAUGCAGACACGGUUGCUAUACGUGCCCCAGACGAGCUUUUCGACCUACCUCAGGCGUUCUCGGCAGCCCCAGAUAUCGGAUGGCCUGACAUUUUCAAUACUGGACUGAUGGUCCUGGAUCCAAAUAUGGGCGAAUAUUACUCGUUGCUUGCCAUGGCAGAGCGAGGAAUAUCCUUUGAUGGGGCUGACCAGGGCCUUCUGAACAUGCACUUCAAAAACACCUACAAUCGCCUUAGCUUCACCUACAAUGUCACGCCAUCGGCUCAUUACCAAUACCUCCCAGCGUAUCGAUAUUUCCAAUCAACCAUUAGUGUGGCCCAUUUCAUCGGCCCGGGCAAACCGUGGACCCAAGGAAGAGAGGCAAACAAAGGCUCAACUCCCUAUGAUGAAAUGGUAGGAAGAUGGUGGGAAAUCUAUGAUCGACAUUACAGACCCUCUGCAGAUCCUACUUAUCAAUCUACUGAGCCAUUGGUGCAGUAUUAUGUGAAGGGAGAGUUCCAACCAGUAACUCCAGUCCCCUCGACUAGCCCCCCUUUCCAGUCUGAAGAGACCCAGAGUGGGCUAUUCCAUCCAACAACAGAAGCGCCUUUCCACGAGACAACCGAGAUAGUGAAAGAAGCGGAAGAAGUCUACCCCGGUCCAGUAGAAGCGCCUUUCCACGACACAACUGAGAGAGUGAAAGAAGCGGAAGAGGUCUACGUCAGUCCAGUAGAAGCGAAUGCGGAGAAGGAAAAAGAGCCAGAACCUAUUUACUCUUCUUGGGAUGCCAGCAAAACUCCACCACCACCAGGUUCUAGACCAGAAGCCCAAAAUUUUCCUUCGACGCAGUACAGCAUGUCUUCUGAUCCAGCGCCUUUCAAAGCUCCGGAGAGAUAUCCAGAUCCGCCGAAAGACAUGUACUAUGAAGUUCCAAAGACGCCCUCUUAUCAGAAGCCCACGCCAAUUUUUCCUUGGGAGAAAGAUGCUCCAAAACCUACCAGAGUAUUUCCCGAAGACCUCUUCGAGGAGGAGGAGGAUGAGCGCCAUGACGAUAGCGGCACUGUCUCAGCCCCUAUAGACGAGGAGGAUACUACGUCGCCGGAUACCACCACCCCUACUAUGGAACCCGCUUCAGCCGAACCCUGGCAUAACUUUUCGCGUGGGAACGCCUGGGAUGAGAUCCCUGAAAUUGGGCGGUAUAUUGGAAACUUACAAAAGAAUCGCAAGGCCAAUAUACAAGUAUUGCAGGGUCAUGGCGCAGGUAUAGAACAGGCGUCCAGUCCGGGUGCGAGAAUACAUGGCUUGAAACUCACAGAUUUCCCAACAGAGUUUGAACGACCUAGUCUGCCAGUUACUCCAGCUCCAAUCCGGAGACCUAGGUUUUGGGGAGAGGAGAGAGACGAGGAGGGAGAACUGCCGGCUGCAGAGGGAGUUCCUUCUCAAGAGGAUUGGGAUCCAACAGCUCGAUUAGAACAGCUCGCCCGACACCAAUCAGACGUACUCACGAGCAAACUGGGGAAGGAUACUGGAGCAGCGCGGCAGAUUCCCUUGAGAUCCUUACCUUUCGGGUCCGAGGGAGUCAUCUCUCCCACUUACGUAGCUCAACAGGCGACAAUUAGUGGAAGCGGUACUAAAUCAGCCUCAGCAGAACACAUAGAGGAGCCUAGUUAUAAGGGAGCCUCAGCCGCCUGGGAGAAGGAUGAGACUUUCCCAACGCAAGAAGCCCCACUGCCGCCGUCUGAGGAGGAGAAAGAUGUCCUGGACACUUAA